GCAAUGACGACCACCACGCGUCGCACCGCGCUGCCACGCGCGACAGCUUCCUCGACGGAUCAUCUAGCCACCAGGAUGGCUGCAUUAUCACUCACAAAGGCUCAGGCUAGGCCAAAAGGGAAGGAGAAGGAACCACCUGUUGGUACGCGUGCCAAGGUGGGGGUACUGACGCGACGGCGAUGGCAAAGAAACCCACCACCACCGCGAGAAGGACUACUCCGGCAGCUAAGAAGGAGAAGGAGAAUGAGGCAGCCUGUAGUAAAGAGGCUGUGGUGGUCAAGAAGGAGGGGAAGGGCAAGGGGAAGGAGAAAGCGACGGAAACGCCCGAAGAUAGACGUCUGGGCGCGAUGCGCGCUGUGAAUCAAGCCUCACAGAGUCUCUCUGUCCUGGUGCAGUCUGGAUGGAAAUACACCUCCGAUGCGGGGGGUGCCGCGCAGAAGAAGUCUGCGGCAGCAAGUGCAGCGGAUGUGGCACGACAUCUUGCAACCCUGCGCGAACUUUCUGACGCUGAUGCGAUGUUGGACGUCGAGCGCGCAGCGGGAAGCCUCUCAGGGAAACUUGUUGCUUUGGAGAUGUACGACGCCGCCCUUCUCGCAUUGCGCGCGAUGCAUCCAAGACUGUGUCGGCUACUUGGCUUAGCUCCAUUGUCAACUAAUUCCACGCAGCUCGAUCUACUCAGUAUAUCAUUACCCGACGAAGCCACUACUCCUACGCCAACUCUGCUCACCCUCACAACUACAUUCCUACUUCACACACUGACUGUCCUCUCGUCCCAGACACCUUCAAAGAUUCCCUUGAGCUCGUUCGUGGGCUGUCUCACGUUGUCGUCUUCGACCACGCUGCUCACGUGGGCGCGCCUGAUCCCACCACAACACAUCGACGCGACACUAACACGCGCGUAUAGCUGCGUCGUGCGGCUGGCGGCCACGCCAGGGGUCACACCGAGUCAGGCGUUUGCACUACGGAGGUAUGGGCUGGGGUGUCUGGCGCACACGGAGUCGGGGAAGGUCGAGCCCCGGGCGUUCUGGGACCAAGCAACCAAGGCGGCUGGGGCGCUCAUCAAAGCUACGGCGGCGACCGAGGUGGAUGCAGUGACGACUACGGUGCUCGAAGCGUUCGAUGAUUUGGUGGGCCGAGCACAGCGGAGGCCAGACGCGGAGGCUUUCAUGAGUGGGAAGGCGUUUGCUGCAUUUUGUGAGUGCUGGACGAACUGUGCGAAUCGAACCAGGAAUAUAUCCGCCCUGGGCCAAGUCGCAAAUGUUGUGGGGAAGCCAUCUGCGGACACGGUGGACCUUUCGGUGCAGUGCACAAAGAGUUGCACUUUGUUUGCACAGAUCGCUGCUGCAAAGGAGACAGACCUAAUGGAUGCUGUAGAUUGGGCUGGCGUCACGCUUGUGUUGUCAAACCCUGAUCUCCACGGUAAAAUGUAUCGGGCGAUGGAGAAAGCGAGGCGGAGCGUGAUCACUUCAGUUGAUGAGGGAAACGAUGGCGCUGCAUUUGUUGAGAAAGUGAUGGACGUGCUCGAGUGUUCAGUGCAGCAGAAUGGGACCAACGAUACACUGACCUCGCUACUCGACACGAUCUUCUCCGUGUCGCGGUGGGCUCUCGCUGGCUCGCCUCCAAAGGCCCACGCGACUCUGACGCGUGCUGUGGCAGCGCUGGACUUGGCAACGGAACGGAAAGCGAACUAUGCACGAUGUGUUUCUGGCGCAUUUCACAACCUAGCAGGGACGCUGUACAACGCGACCAAGUAUGGGGCGGCAAUCCCGUUCUUGGAGGACGGCUGCAAGCUGGGUGGCAACGCACGGGAGCUGCGCCGUCAGGAACAAAUCAAAGACGACAAGAAUGCCGACGGGUGGAAACAGCUAGACGAGCAGCUUUGGAGGCGCUGGGAAUUGUUAGGGGUCUGCUUCUCUAAAUUGGGGAACCGCCGGGUUUCAGCGCACGCGAGCUUUGUUGAAUGCAUCAAAGCAUUCCCAUACGACCUGUAUCCGCUGGGCACCAUCGUUGACCGGACGACGUACCUGGGCGCGUGCGAAUUGUUCCUGGAUCCUGGCCAGGUGGUCCUGGUGACAGAUCAGCCCCUGCUGCUUGAGCGACAACUGGCGUCGCUGGCGGCUAGCCGAUGGAAAGAAGGCGUGCAGCGCGUCAUGCAGACUCUGCUGCGUGCGCUGCUGGAUGUCAGCAAGGACCGUGCUGGUGUCCUGGUCGCGUGUCUGGAGUUUGGGUAUUACACAGGGCUCAGCGUCGUUGAUGGCGCCGCGGACGAGGUCGAACUCUUGUGCGCCGAUGAUCCCACCCGCUUGCACACUCGCGCCUCGGCUCAUCUUUGGGCUGCCCUCGAUGCCCAUAAGCAAGCGGAAUCAAUGCGGCUCAUGUUGAGCUCGCGUGUCGGGUUCUGGAGGACGCCGAAAGCGCAGUCAUCCAAGGCACAGUCAUCCAAAGUGCAGACACCGAAAGUGGAAACACCUGCACAGUUGCUCGAGUUACUGCGUAAGGGUGUUGGACAUCACGCGACGGCUGCACAGGACUCGGACGCGACUCGGGAGGGACACGUGAUCGCGUGCAUGGAGCUGGGGAUCGAGUACGGGCGACUCGGCAAAACGCGACGGGCGACGGGGCUGUUUACGCAAGCAUACGGGUCGCUUGGAGGGGUGCCUGAGGAGCUGUGUGUGUUGGUGUGUUUGCGUUAUGCGGAGGCCCUGGUUUUAGCGAACGAUGUUGCUAGGAGCGUGCAAAUCUAUACAGAGGCGAUGGAGCGCGCACAAAUGUCUGAAAGCACGGAAAAGCCAGCAGCCACGACAGUUGAGCGGGUCUAUGUGCGAGUUGGACGGCUAGAACGAGCGGCGGGCGGCGAGCGUGUUUGGCCUGAUCAGCGCGCGCGAGAAGACAUCUUGAUGUAUGCUGAGGCGAUGCUACGUGCGUUGAGGUUGUGGAAUCGCGCAGUUGAUACCCUGGCACGGCUCUCCCCGACAUCAACUCCCGACGAUGAUCCUUUCUCCGCUUCGACUCCGAGCACCGCGACCAAACCGCGGAGGAUUACAGGCAUUACCGAGUUUCGUGUCUCUGAGGGUCUUCUGGCGACAUUGUUCUCGCUGUGUGAGAUGUACAGCGCCAGGGGCUCGGCGCGGGAGGCCGAGUACUUUGCCAUGACUCGCAGGGGCGAAAUACAGAUGCAUAUGCGCCAGAUCACUGAAGCUGAAGCCAGUCUUGCGCUCGCUACCCGGAUGGCAUCGGCCGAGAUGCAGCGGAACUCAAAGGUCUGGCGGGCGAUCUCAGUCGCCUACAGGACAGGGAUAGUGAUGGCUUGUGCUCUCUAUGAGCAGGCCUAUCAGAUCCUGGACGAGGUCGACGGCCAGUUCCGCGCUUUGGAAGUGGAAGGUGAGUCACGGCAAUCUGCGGAAUUCGGUCAAAGCGUGGAUGGCGAUCUUGUAGCGGAUGUUCUGCGGAAAACACAUCUGGCUGCUACGCGACAACUCAACUGCAUAUUCGCUCUUCUCCAGCGCUUCCUCGCUCUGCUGCUUCUUUGCGUAACAAUGCCGGAAAAACGUACUCUUAGCCGGCUGACAUUGCAUCAAGUGUACGACCGUUUCAGGACUGAUAUGUUCCUCUCCGAGUCGACUAUUGCACUUCCCAUGAGUGUUCCUCCGCCGUCCCACGACAUCCUGCGCACUCUGGAAUCGGCUGAACAGCUCUUCUGGCUUGAUCUCACCUUUUCGCACGCACCGGUGAUGUGA